AUGGCCAACAAGAUUUCUGGACGACCUGGACAAAAGGCAUCAUCUGUGGGGCGAUGGCAUCUGCACACACAGGAUGACCACAUGAGGUUGACAAGUGCCUUCGCUUGUUCCACGUUGGAGCACAUGACCUGCACAUGGCUGCGCAUCGUCUUGGAGGGAGAUGUGAAUAUGGCGAACUGCAUGGCCUCCACUGCGUGUGGAAGCCUUUCAACGUCCUUGGCCCCCAAGAAAUCCUUCCAGGAGCAGGCAACAUCCUGCACAGCUGCGGGAGCAUGGGAGGCAAAGAAGAACAUGGUACACAUGCAGCACUUGCAAGAAGCUAUGUGA